UCUGAUGUACUGUUCUACGGUCUAUGCUAACAGCGCGGCAGUUUACAAGAUUUCUCUCCACUUUGAACCUGGACCUGAAUAAUUGUGUUUUACAGGAAACUGAAACUUAAAUUCACUUCGACAACAAACGCCCUGUUGUUCAUUUAGAAACAAACUCCAUCACGAUUCUGAUGGAAACAGAAAGCUACAUUUGAAGGGCGAUUUCUUUAUGACGAGAGAGAAAAAUAAAUGUCUGCUCUGUGAGUGUGGACAUCCCGUAGACUGUGGGCCAGAUUACUACGAGUCGAUGUGGCUUGAAUUUUCCAAAUAUAUUUGCUUGAUUCAGUUGAUUUAAACGAGUUUACGAACUGUAGAGGUUUCUCGCUGAUACAGCUGCAGAAAACUUUUUUAAAAAACGAUGGGCAACAACUUGGAUAAAUCAGAGGACUUUGUUGGAUUGAAAAACCAGGGCGCCACGUGUUAUCUGAACACAUUGCUUCAAACAUGGUUCAUGACACCAGAGGUCAGAGAAUGCAUUAUCAGUGCCAAAUCAGAUGCCGCGCUUGUACGUGCAUUACAAAACCUAUUUAGCAAUUUAGAAGACAGUAGGAAUACUUCAUUGAGGACAGAUGAGUUGACGACACUCUUGAGAAUGAAUGUUUAUCAACAGCAUGAUAUUGAGGAAUGUUUCCGCAACAUCGUUAACAAGCUGCACACUGCAAUGGAACCAGAGCAAAACAUUCUGAAGUUUUAUCAGAUCAAUAUGGUUCAAUCCUUGAAGUGUUCGUGCUGCACCAACCUUAUUCAGAUUGACUGUCCCUUCCUAGAUUUACCUCUACUUGUUCACUCAGCCUACUCUUCACGAAAGUUUGAACAUUUGGAAAUGGCUCUUCGGGAGUUUUUGAAGGAAGAAACUAUGGAAGAUAACAAUGCAUGUUACUGUGACAACUGUAAUACAAAGACUAAAACAAAAACAAGAUACUAUUUUAAACAUUUGCCAAAGAUUCUCACAUUCCAACUAAAACGAGUUAACGUUGAUGGCGACAGAAUGCGAUAUCAGAAAAUUCACGAUUGUGUCACUUUGCCGCUAAGUAUUGAGUUUACUAAAUCCCAGGAGAAUUGCAAUGAAUGGAUUCUCAAAGCAACCAGGGGAAAGGAGAAUAAUGUCCAGAAUACUCAUUGCCCGGAGAGUACUGACAGAGGACGAUCCUUCGCUCCAACUCAGGCAAUGCAAGCCGGAGAUGCUGUGGAUGGUGAAGGGAGAAAGGUUGAGGUUGUUCAAGAUCAAUCAGACCAAGAUUCCUCAGAAGAAAAGGAGAAAAAGUAUGAGUUGUUUGCAAUUUGGCACCAUGUUGGGGGAUUUGGUGGUGGACACUAUUACGCUGAAAUCAAAUCAGUUGAUGAUGGUAACUGGUACUGCUUUAAUGACAGAACUGUUGAGCAGAGGGGAAAGGACAUUUCUCUGAGGUCCAAAACAGCCUACUUGAUUAUGUACAGAAUGACAGAAACAAACAGCAUAUCAGCAGCAGCUGAAGGCUCAGAGAAGUAUUUCACAAGAUUUUGGAAAUUCCUGUUAGAGAUCUUUGCAAGAGUAACAAAUAAUCUGCCUUUUCUGAAAACUUCACCUCAAGAAAGAGAUGAUGAGCCAGGUGUUUUCAGAGUGGAAAUGUCCUGUGGGCAUGCCGUGGACCCCAUUUCACUCACUGAGUGGUGUCGCUGCCUUAUUGACCAGGGUCACUUGAAAUUCCACUGCCCUGCUUCGACGCAUGGGACUAAUGGAAAGUGUAAUAAGGAAUGGUCAUACCCAGAGGUUCGUACAUGUGCCCUGCUGUCUGUAGAGGAACGCCAGGUAUUUGAAGAGAAGCUUGCCCUUCUCUCAGCUGCAAAGUACUGCGAAUACAAACAGUGUCCCAAAUGCAGUAGUUGUGUAGAACGGAAAGACCUGACUAAUUUGGCAGUGGAUUGUUCAAUCUGCAUGGCCAAUGAUGACAUCCCUUUUGAAUUUUGCUGGCAAUGUAUGCUGGAGUGGGAAGGUCCAGCAGCACGUUCUGAUCGAUGCGACAAUAUACAUUGCACUAACGUCCACCUGCAAGUCUUACAGAACUGUGGCAGAAAAGACCUAUCCGCGAGCAAUGUUCAGAGUUGUCCUAAAGUCCGCGCUUGCCCCACUUGUGGGAUGAUUAUAGAACAUAAAGACAUGUGCAAAUACAUGGUGUGCAUCAGAUGCCAUGUGGAGUUUUGCUUUGCUUGUCUUCAGACAGAGGCAAUUUGCAGUAAAUCAUCCACCCACUCCACUAAUUGUUCUAGACCUGUGGCCCCAAGGCAAACACGUAUACCUGUAUGGAAUCAGACUAUAAAAAAGAAUGUAAAUAAGAUUGCAAAUCGCACUCCAAAUUUCCAUCCACAUAACAUUCCAAACCACAAUCUCAAUGUACCCGUACCUCCCCCUCCAAAUCACAUUCCACAUCGUAAUUUGGAACAAAAUUUAAACCCCUCUUUAAAUUCCGACAGACGUUGCAAUUGCUGUACAAUUCUGUAACUCAAUGCUCUGGAUAAGAAUUAAUGAAGGCAUAAAAAAUCAAUAGGCACGAUAAACAUCUCUUCAUUUUUCUACACCCUUCUACAGUGUAUAUAUAAUGGUUGAGGGAGCAUAAUUGAGAACCUCAAUAACUGCAAGUAUUUCUGGCCAUAGACGAAAACUUCCCUCUUGUGUUUUUUAGUUUUAAAGCUACUAACAUGUAAAGGGGACUAACAUGUGCAAUUGAUGUACGGAUAUUCAAAAAUAGGCCAUUAAUGGUCCAUUAAGAAGUGGCCGUUUUCAAUUGUAAUGUUAUUCAAAAUGCGUUCAAAAAUAAAUGCUUUUUAAAAUAAAAUGUACAAAAGACAGGAUUGGACAAACAAAAUUUGGGACAAGUACAUUCAAAUGCACAACAAAAAUGUAUUUGAUAAAUAGAAGUAGGUAAAGGAAGUUAAUUGAUUGGGAUUUUAGAUCUGCAGAACUACUCUGGGCAAAAUGAAUAGAAUUAAGAAUUUAUUUGAAUUAUAAUUUAGCUAAUUGUAGUUAUUUACAGACACACCUUGAUUUAUGCAAUAAGCGACUGAUGUAAACUUGUACUUACGUAAACAAUUCUGUACUCAGUACCUCCUGCAGUCAAGGGAGUUUGCAAUUUCAACAACACUGUACGAUCGCUGAGGUUUACAUUAGAAACAAGGUGGCAAUGGCAGCAGUGCUUACCCAGAAGGCCAUGCACUGCAGAAAGUGCCCUACAGUGAUUCCAUCAAAAGUAAAAUCUGACUUAAGUAAAGGUAGACAGAACGUUACCCUAACUUAAAGCGGGCAGUGUUUGUACAUGUCCUUGUACUGAACAUUUAAAUAUAUAUUAUAUAGACUUUGGAAACCAUAUGUUGUGAUUAUGUUAGUGGGGAUUUAAUCAGAAUGUUAUUGUGGAAUUAUAUUAAAUUACACAUUGGAAGAU